CGCCUGCCAGCUCAGUGGGUGGUGCCCAGUCACAGAAUUGACGUCAUGAAACCAAGCAUGGGAUUGUUGUUCCAUGCUUGAAGUGUGAACAUACCAUCAUAUCCGAUAACACAACCGAAGUAAAGACGCAGUUUUCGUAUUUCUAAAACGUUGUUAGAAUUUAAAACGUUUCAAAAUGUUGCUGGUUUUGACUAUUACAAAUAUCCUGUCAUUCUGUAUGUUGAUGGGUGAUGCGAGAGUUGUUGAAGAUAUAAAGUUAUUUGAUGAAAUAGACCUUUCUGCUCUCACUGAAGCUCCUGGAAGUCAUUCAAAUUCAAAAGCAUAUGUGUUCACAAAAACAACUGGCGAUUUGAUUGCCCCAGCAAACAUUUCUUAUGCAUUUGCCAGGGAAUCAUUUUUGAUCAAACAAUUUUCUGUAAAGACUUAUCUUCAGGUGGCCAAAGACUCAGAUGGUGGAACCAUUGUAUUUCUCUCUAAUCGUCAAGGGGAUGAGGCUUUUAGCCUUGAAUUCACGCGGAAAUCUGACAGCAUUGAGGUGGAUGCUGUUUUUCGAGUUGCUAAGACCAGCAGAACAGUUGAUUGUAAAUUUAAAAAUAUAGGGAGCAAAAUCCCUAAGGAUGAAUGGUUGCACCUUGACGUUCGUAUCUACCUACUGGAGAAAUUACUGAGAUGCGAAAUUAAAACAGCCAAAGGUGACAUAUUUUAUCGCAACAGCAUUAUAGACAAUGUGGCUAUAAUCGAUCAACCGAUCGAGCCAUUUCCACUAAAUGGGACGUUGAGGAUGGCACAAAAAUUCUUACCAGUGUCAGAACACCUUCCGGUUAUCACAGAACAAUUUGUGGGGAAUCUACAGGAUGUUAUCAUAAGUUUUGGAGAUCCUAAUUGCACUAUUUUAAUCGAUGAUAGCAAAGUACCUGCAACUGUAAAGCCGACCAUCCAACAAUCAACGGCGACGAAGCGAACAACUCCAGCUCCCACUUCAGUUCAGUGUCCAACAACAUCUGCGAAAGAUGACACAUGUCCUGGGGAUGGAAAGAAACAUCAAAAUGGUGAAAAGUGGGAUGAUGGGAAAAAUGGUGAUUGCGAAUGUAAGAAAGGAAAUACUUUUUGCGUAAAACAAGUUCGACGCUGUGUUCAAGGGGGAAAAGUGUUCUCUGAUGGUGAUACGUGGGAUGAUACUUCAAACUGUGACAAAUGCAGAUGUGAUAAUGGUGUCGUAAGAUGUGGCAGUACGACAAGAACAUACCGAAAAAGUUGUGACUUGACCUGCGAUAAGAAAGUGUGCGAAAAUCCGAAAGAUGGAUGUUAUUGCCCCGAAAAUAUGGUUCUGCUUGACGGAAAAUGCCAGGAUGAAGUUGCCUGUCCUUGUAUGAUUAAUGGACAAAAAUAUAAACCAGGAUCAUACAUUAUUAAUUGUGAUGUUUGUGUUUGCAGUAGUGGUAAGCAACCCACUUGUUACAAGGGCAUAUAUUGUUAGAGUAAGAUUUUGAGCUAGCAUAUGGAUAUGAUUGCCUGUAAUUGAUAGUUAUUAUAUAGAGAUAAAAUAAUUGUAUGCAUGCUUUUAAUAUAAAUUUCGUAUAAUUUUUUUAUUAUCAAUGAACUUGUUAUUUCGUAUCUAAGUUUAAAAUUGGGCGGUAUUAAAUCUUUUUCUAAUGAG